AACUCCGUCUAGAAGGUACAGAAGUAGCUUGAAAAUUGAAAUCACACACGAAAUGGCAUUCUACUGUUGUUUAUAGAAUGAUCUCAAAUCAUUUGAUUAGUAAGUAAUGACAAGAACUAUUUGUGCCGUUCGUAUGGGCAAGAUUAAAUCUGAAAUGUGUAAAAGAAUUGGUUCAAUGUAAACAAUAUCCCAGCACACGUCAAUGGCCGACUGUUACGAGCUCGGCUAUCCAGUCGAACGUUUUGAAAUUGCUGUGAGUCGACGAUUUCAUUGCGCCAUUUGCUUGAAUGUCUUCAAAGAUCCAGUUAUGUGUCGUCGGAAUCAACACCCGUUCUGUCGUGGUUGUAUCACUAGACAUCUUAUGAACUUUCAAACAUGUCCAGUUUGUAUGGAUCAACUAACUGUCGAUACACUUAGCGAUGCUCCGCGGAUUUUAACCGAUUACCUUUCUGAAUUGAGAAUGCGUUGUGAUUUUUAUCCACGUGGUUGCAGUCAGUACAUUAAAUUGGACGAUCUCGAAAGGCACGUUAAUGAUUGUGGUUUCGCACCAGCAGUGUGUUCAAACGAAGGCUGCCUGUCGGUAGUCAACAGAAGUGAAUUAGUUUAUCAUGAGACCACGAUCUGCCAUCGACGAAUAGCCAAAUGUCAUAAUUGUGAACAAUUGACCCAAGAGGUUGGUGAACUUAGAACGAAUUUAACGGUCGUGAACAGCAAGUUGAACAAAAUGGAGUCGACGUUGACCACGUUAGCGACGUCGACGUUGAAGCUUGCCGGAGCAGCUACAAAACUCGACGCCUUUAAGAGUAAUUUGUCUGCGGAAGUCGGUAACAGACUGGAUGGUUUCACUGCCAAACUAAACCGUUUGGAAGCAAUCGAGUGUCGACUUCAAGAACAUCAUCAAAAAAUGAAUACUCGUUUUACCGCUAUAUCUGAACCGCUCGCAAAGUUAUCAAGGCUGGAAAGUGAUCAACAAAGUAAAGUGCCACUACUUAAUAAUGCAGAGAAUAAAAUUGUUGAGAAUAACAACGAAACGUUGAACGUAAUUAUUGCAGGAGGUUUAAUUAAUGGCAAGAAAUUGGGAUCCGUAGAGACGUUCAACCUAUCAACCGGGGCAUGGUCGAAGGAGCAAGCGAUGCAGACAAUUGAGACAAGCGUUUAUGAAGCGUCGUCCGCACUUCACCAUAAUCAACUAAUCAUAUGCGGUGGGCGGACCAGUUCUGGUGUGUCGGACAAUAUGGUGAGACGAAAUAUCGGAAUCAAAUCGGCAAACUGGACUCGGUUUGGCGUUCCGCUACCUACCAAAUUGCGAGGACAGUGUGGCGUUGUUUAUGAUGAUCAUCUGUAUAUUAUAGGAGGCUGCUAUGAGAAUGGUGCAGUUUCCAGUGAAAUCUAUACAACCCAGCUUGUCCCGCCUUAUCGGUCUAACUUGUUGACUAGGUUACCAGAUGGAAUGUCGCAUCAUAGUGUUCAAUUGUUUGGUGAUCAACUUGUAAUCGUUGGAGGCAUUCACGGCUCUUGGUCAUACCGAAGUCGAGUAUGUAAUGUUUUCUUGUACGAUAUUUCAAAGAACGAAUGGAAGCGGUUGGCGCCAGUGCCUUCUGCUGGUGUGCGUGAAAUGGCAACAGUCCGUUGGGGUGAUAAUAUUAUUAUUAUAGGAGGCAUUAAUGCACACAAUAAGCCAUUAAAAACCGUUGUAAUGUAUAAUAUUAAGACUCAAUUAAGUGAGGUAUUACCAGACAUGAUUUAUUUCAGACGAGGCUGCGUAGCAGCCGUUCUUGGAAAUUCUAUAGUUGCAAUAGGAGGCGCAACUCACGGGUUAAAAUGCUUAAAUACUGUCGAGUGUUUUGAUUUCAAGCGGUUUUCGUGGCAAGAACUAUCCUCUAUGAACGAAGCUAGGUAUUUAGCAACUGGCGUCGCUUUUUAACUCUGAAUUGUAACUUACAUAUCUGUUUGAAAGUUUUGUAGUUUGUAAUGUACAAAAGUAGAUUUGAAAUUCAUAUUUGAAUAAGAAUUAAGUAAACCCGUGUAUGUUAUUACUCUGAUAUCGUGCAUAUUUAACGGAAUUUCGCACCAAUUUUUUUAUGGUUGUAUUGUAAAGAGUAUCGAAAAUGACCAAAUAAGGAUACUUUGCCAAACUGUCUAAGCUUGCUUCGUUCUUGAGAUAUUUAACAAUUCUUGACAAGCACAUUAUCCUCACUAUGACGUCACAUUGCAUAAUGACUUUCCAAAAAAACUUCAAGCCCUUGGGACAACAUCGACAUGUCGACAAAUUUGAAAUCAAUUAUCUGUAAGAGUUAUAAAAGUUGUUUUCUUAGAAAGCACUAUGCAAUUUGACAUCAUAGUGAGGAUAAUUUGUAUGCCACCGUUAAAUAUCUCUAAGAAAGAAGCUAUUAAGAUAGUUUGGCAAAGUACUUUAUUAGUAAUUUUGAAUUUUAUUUUUAAUUAAUUUUAUACAAUGUAGUCAUUUAUAAAUCGUGUGAAAUUUCGUUCAAAGUAUGCCCGUUUACAGGUUGGGUGGUGGGCACGACCUAACCUGCGAACAGUAAUACUCUGGGUACUAGAUUGCGGACUUGGUGAAAAUGUAACCUUUCUCACCUAAAUUACCAUUGAGCAGUGCAUCGGCUUUUGCUGAAAGAUGAUCUGCAAAUGAAUGCGCAGCCUGCACGAAUGGCGAGGGGAGGAUCACUUUUUCUAAACUCAAUCCAAUUUAAUUAACUAACUAGCUGUCCCUCCAACGGAUGAAUAUAAAACGCUUUUAACUCUCGAAAACUGUGUUCAGUAACUUUCACUAACUUAAGUUUCCAAAUUUUAAUUUUUAAGGAAAUUAAUUGUUAUUAUUAAUUUUGUUAAAGAUGCGGUAAAGUCCGUAUGUAAACAAAGGCUUUGUUUACAUUUCGGUAUCCAAAAUAUUGAAUUUCAUUCGACAACUAUUUAUAUUUUCAUGAUUCUAGAGUAUAAUAAAUAAAGAAGAGACAACAAUCAAGCUUUGCAAGAACAUAAAAUGAAAUAAAAACCUAAAUAAACUGUUU